ACUUUAGUCACCAUCAUGUCUGACGACGAAGGUUGUGCUCUUGUGUGCGACAAUGGCUCCGGCAUGGUUAAAGCCGGCUUCGCCGGAGACGACGCCCCUCGUGCCGUCUUCCCCUCCAUCGUCGGCCGUGCCCGUCACCAGGGUGUGAUGGUCGGCAUGGGUCAGAAGGACGCCUACGUCGGUGAUGAGGCCCAGAGCAAGAGAGGUAUCCUGACUCUCAAGUACCCCAUUGAGCACGGUAUUGUUACCAACUGGGACGACAUGGAGAAGAUUUGGUAUCAUACCUUCUACAACGAACUCCGUGUUGCUCCAGAAGAGUCUCCCACACUUCUCACUGAGGCUCCCCUCAACCCCAAGGCCAACCGUGAGAAGAUGACUCAGAUCAUGUUUGAGUCCUUUAAUAUGCCUGCUAUGUACGUGACCAUCCAAGCCGUGCUCUCCCUCUACGCCUCUGGUCGCACCACCGGUUUGGUGUGCGACUCUGGUGAUGGAGUAACUCACAACGUCCCUGUGUAUGAAGGCUUUGCUCUGCCUCACGCCAUCAUCCGUCUUGACCUGGCUGGCCGUGAUCUGACACUCUACCUUAUGAAGAUUAUGACUGAGCGUGGAUAUUCGUUCACCACCACCGCUGAACGUGAAAUCGUUCGUGACAUCAAAGAGAAGCUUUGCUACAUCGCCCUUGACUUCGAGGGUGAAAUGAAUAUGUCAGCUGCUUCGUCUUCAAUUGACAAGUCCUAUGAGCUUCCCGACGGUCAAGUCAUCACCAUUGGAAAUGAGCGUUUCCGAUGCCCAGAGGCUCUAUUCCAGCCUUCCUUUCUUGGCAUGGAAUCUGUUGGAGUACAUGAGACAGUUUAUAAUUCAAUCAUGAGGUGUGACAUUGACAUUAGAAAAGACCUUUUUGCCAAUACUGUCAUGUCUGGCGGCACCACAAUGUACCCUGGUAUUGCCGACCGAAUGCAGAAGGAAAUCACUGCUCUUGCUCCUUCCACCAUCAAGAUCAAGAUCAUUGCUCCUCCUGAGCGUAAAUACUCCGUGUGGAUCGGCGGUUCCAUCCUGGCCUCUCUGUCCACCUUCCAGUCCAUGUGGAUCACCAAGGAAGAAUACGAAGAGUCCGGCCCCAGUAUCGUCCAUCGCAAGUGCUUCUAA